AAGCAAAGCUAGAUUGGAGAAGCAGGCUGCCCAGCUCGUGGCAUUCUAGAAGCUGUCCGUGAAGCAGUGAGUACCGCGCGAUGCGCAGAGCGAGAUAGCUAACUCUCUAAGACUAGUAAAAGCAUUCCGUUGCUUCCUGACUGAACUCGUAGGCAUCUAUCACCCGCCUAUCAGGCUUCGUUGGAAUAGCGGAAGGUCAGGCCUCGUUGGAAUAUCAGUCAUGGCGACAACCAGAAGAAAGUCAUCGCGUCGCCUUUCCUCACUAAUAUUUCUGUUUCACGUGCUGGCGUCUACUUUCUUCGUCGCGACCGUCGCGAAAGCCGCGAAAGCGAGUAACUUGGGCCCCGGCGAAGUUCGCCGGCCCGACGAAGUAACUCAGGGCCUCGAGACCAUCUCAACCGACAUGCAGCGCGUCGUCGACAUGCCGGAAGAUUCGCAGAAGGUUCUCCUGGACGGCAUGGGACAGGCGCUCGUGUCGUCCGGCAUGUGGCCGUGCAACAUCUUCGGAGGCGUUAAGGCUUGUGUCGCGGUGCCUUCUAACGGGUCGUUCAUGCAGCAGUGCACGAAUAUCGCCAAGUCGGAGGUGGACUGCGCGUAUAACCUCGAGACGCUGAGUGACAUUAACGAGGAUCCGAAUGUGAUUAUGAAGGAGAAGCUCCAAGAAGCGGGCUUCGAGCCGUGCCCCGCGUGUCUGGACGCGCUGCAUCGCUUCUGGUGCGGCCAGACCACCCCUACAUGCGGCACGUUUGCCAAAGUCGUGGACGAGAUUUUGCCGGAGAUGCGGCAGCCGGAGAUGCGGCAGGUGAGCGCUGGAAGGAUGAAGCCAGACGAGCUGAUCGAGUCAACCCCGGAGAUGCGGCAGGUGAGCGCUGGAAGGAUGAAGCCAGACGAGCUGAUCGAGGCAUCCCUCCCUCGGAUGCUGCAAGCCUUUUCCCUCGGGCUGCCUUGCCGCAAAAUGUGCGAGGCGGUUACCGCCACCUGCAGCUGCGGCCGCCCGGCGACGUUCGGGCAGAUGAUGAAAGUUUUGGAGCUCAAGCGGACACAGCAGCAGGCAGAAGCGGAGGGCGCGGCGGGCAGACCCCUGGCGGAAAACAAAGAUUUGAUUCCGUUUGGAUUCAGCACGAAUAUGUCGCUGGCUACUGCUGUGAAGAUCUUCAAGGGGGUGUGGGACCGGCCAGUUUGUGACCUCUUCGCCCCACAUGACGCGCCAGGCUUUCAGGGCGUGUGUGAGACGUGGUGGGCGGGGGCGGACAAGAAUCAGACGACAUGCCACUGGUGCGAGUCCAAGCAGCGGCCAGAGGACAUGGACGAGCAGAUUGUGGCGCAGAUUGCCCAGUCCGUGUCGAGCAUGAUGCAGGCUGGUUUGGAGCACGUCCUCUUCGCUGCUGCCUUCCCCGUGCCCGCCCUCAAUGCCCGAGGUGCCCAAGCCUCCUCCUCUUCCUCUGCCUCGUCCGCCUCUGCCUCUGCAUCCAAUGCUGGCCCUGUUACCGCAACAGCUUCUGCUGGUGCUUCUACUGCUGGUGCUGGUGGUGGUGCUGCUGCCGGUACUGCUUCCCCUGCUGUUACUCCCGCUGCUGAUGCUGCCGAUGCAGAAGCAGUGGAGAAAGCAGAGGAGGAGGUAGAGCGGGAGGAGCAAAAGGACUUCAACUGGCAGGACGACCAAACCGGCCUACCCGACUCCGAGCCUGUCGAGCUGCCCCCUGAGACUGUUCCUCCGGAGCUGAUCGACACAACCGCCGAGCCUGGUGCCAAACCUGCUGCUGCCGAACCGGGUGCCGAGCCUACAGUCCAGCCUGGUCCGGAUGGUCCGGGGUUUUUCAGGGAGGCAGCGCCGGGGGAUUGGGGAUACAAGGCAUCGGACGAGGUGGAUAUGGCGAAAAUGAUGCGAGGGGAGGGUGGGGGAGAGAGGGAGGGCGAGGGUGCAACUGGGGGAGGUGGUACUGCUGGUGGGGGUUGGAAGCAAGGGGGGUCAACAAAAGGGGGAACGAUGAUGAGAGGGGAGAGGGGGGAAGGUGAAGGCACCACUGACAUGGGAGGACACAGGGCGUGGGGAGGUAAACGGGAGGGCGAGAAGGAAGGAGAGGAAGAAGAGAAGGAGCCUUCAUCAACCGCCAUUUCUCCGGAAGAUUCUCCCCGAGGCCACCAGGCUGCGGACAACCCUCCCACCAUGUUCCAGCCUGACCCAUCCGCCUCUACAGAUACUCCUACUCCUGCGACUGAGGCUACCGAACCGGAGCGGCCGCCCGUUUGGGAGAAGAAGGAAUGGCAGGAGAAGCGAGAGGAGCCGGAGGGCGGUUGGAAGGAGAAGCCGGAGGAGCCGGCCCCAGAGCCCGCGGGAAAUGUUUGGUAUCGGGGGCACGGGGAUGACUUGCCCAUUCCGCCUACAGAGGAGAAGCGUGGGUCGCCUUUGGUGGCGACGUUUUUUAUUUUCUUUGCAGCGGCUGGCGUGGUCGGGGGCUUGGCGUUUUGGAAGAUGAGGAGGGAGCGGAGGGUCAGGGACGGUGGCUUGCAGUAUAUUGAUUUGCAAGAGAUGAGUUAUCGGCCCCCAGAGUUUUAGAGUUUUGGUGGGUUCGUGGACGAGGCACACUAAAUACAGCAUCGAACGUGUUUGCCUUUGAGGCAAGUGUUUCUCAUCUCUUUGACCCAUUUUGUAUUUUUGCUUCGUUUACCUUAUUGCAAUUUAUAAUUAGCCCACGAUUCUGUAUUCUCUUGAAGUUUUAUAUCUCUGUACACAUUAUUUCGUUAUUAGCGGAACUAGUCACGUGUCGCUGUCCGUCAGCUGUCACUUCCAAGGGUGGUUCCGACGGCUGACGGGCGGAAUUGGCGAGAUGCUUGUCAUUUUCACCCGUCCGAUGUUGACUCAAACGCCCUCUUUUGGAAAGCGACUGUUUC